GACAGGGAACAAAUUAUGAUCACCAAUGUCUGGCUAACACAGAACUGGGUUGAUUACAGGCUGUCAUGGGAGCCCUCAGACUUUGACGGGAUUGACAAGCUCCGCAUUCCCUCCCGUCAUAUAUGGCUCCCAGAUAUUGUACUGUACAACAACGCUGACGGUAUCUAUGAGGUGACGGUCUUCACCAACGCCAUCGUCCUGUCCAACGGCAGCAUCUUCUGGCUCCCUCCAGCUAUCUAUAAGAGUGCCUGCAAGAUCGAGGUCAAACACUUCCCCUUCGACCAACAGAACUGCACUCUGAAAUUCCGCUCGUGGACCUAUGACCACACUGAGGUGGAUCUGGUCCUCAGGACAGGUGUUGCCAGUAUGGACGACUUCACGUCCAGUGGAGAGUGGGACAUCUUGGCUUUACCCGGGAGACGUACUUUCUCCGGCUCAGAGCCCAUCUACGUGGAUGUGACCUAUGACUUCCUGAUCAAAAGGAAUGAAUAUAUACCGUUGUUCUACACCAUAAAUCUGAUUAUCCCCUGUGUCCUCAUCACCUCUCUGGCUGUGUUGGUCUUCUACCUGCCCUCUGACUGUGGAGAGAAGAUCAGUCUGUGUGUCUCUGUACUGUUGGCCCUCACUGUGUUCCUGUUACUGAUAUCUAAGAUCGUACCGCCGACCUCGCUGGACGUGCCUCUGAUCGGUAAAUACCUGAUGUUCACCAUGGUUCUCGUAACCUUCUCCAUCGUCACCAGUGUGUGUGUUCUAAACGUCCAUCACCGUUCCCCCAGUACACACACCAUGGCCCCCUGGGUUAAAGUUCUGUUCCUGGUCUGGCUGCCUGCCCUGCUGUGCAUAAGGCACCCCCAGAACAACUCAGCCAGACAGCGGCUCCGUCAGAGGAGGCAGCAGUCGCUCCAGAAGACCAAGGAGGCUAGCCCAGGGAUGGAUAAACCUGAGUGGCAACUGUCUGGUCGGCCAUGGUGUGGCAGGUCCAGCUCUGACAUCAGUCACAGUCCUGACCUACAGGAAGCUGUCGACGGGGUGCGAUACGUCGCUGACUACAUGAUUAGAGACGACGACAACAAGACUGUGAUUGAAGACUGGAAGUACGUGGCGAUGGUAUUGGAUCGGAUGUUCCUGUGGAUUUUUGCAGUAGGCUGUAUAGCCGGUACUCUUGGGAUCUUCCUCCAACCUUUCUUCCAGCAACAGACCAUCCCCAUCCGGAAUCUCAGCAGCCCCACGUCACCAAGGGACAUCAUCUUGAAGGAUUCCAUUGUUUAA